CCCCGGCGGCGGCAGCAGCGGGAGGCGAGGGGCGCCGCCGAGGAGCCGAGCCCGCCGAGCCGGGCGCUCUAUUUCAGCGGGCGAGGCGAGCAGCUGCGCCUCCGGGCCGACCUCGAGCUGCCCCGGGACGCGUUCACGCUGCAAGUGUGGCUGCGAGCGGAGGGGGGCCAGAGGUCUCCGGCGGUGAUCACAGGGCUAUAUGACAAAUGUUCAUAUACCUCACGUGACCGAGGAUGGGUCGUGGGAAUUCACACCGUCAGUGACCAAGGCAACAGAGACCCACGCUACUUUUUCUCCCUGAAGACAGACCGGGCCCGGAAAGUGACCACCAUCAAUGCAUACCGCAGCUACCUCCCAGGCCAGUGGGUACACCUAGCUGCCACCUACGAUGGGCGGCUGAUGAAGCUCUAUGUGAAUGGUGCCCAAGUGGCAACCUCCGGGGAGCAGGUAGGCGGCAUAUUCAGCCCGUUGACCCAGAAGUGUAAAGUGCUCAUGUUGGGAGGCAGUGCUCUGAAUCACAACUACCGGGGCCAUAUCGAGCGCUUCAGUCUGUGGAAGGUGGCCAGGACUCAGCGGGAAAUCCUGUCGGACAUGGAAACCCGCGGCCUCCACAGCCCUCUACCUCAGCUCCUCCUCCAGGAGAACUGGGACAAUGUGAAGCGCACCUGGUCCCCCAUGAAGGAUGGCAACAUCCCCCAAGUAGAACUCAGCAGUGCCCAUGGCUUCCUGCUGGACACAAGUCUGGAGCCUCCCCUGUGCGGGCAGACGUUGUGUGACAACGCGGAGGUGAUCACCAGCUACAACCAGCUCCCGCGUUUCCGCCGGCCCAAGGUGGUGCGCUACCGCGUGGUCAACCUCUAUGAUGAUAGCCACGAGAACCCCACGGUGAGCCGCCAGCAGAUUGACUUCCAGCACCGGCAGCUGGCCGAGGCCUUCAAGCACUACAACAUCUCCUGGGAGCUGGAGGUGCUGGAGGUGAGCAACUCCUCCCUGCGCCACCGCCUCGUGCUGGCCAACUGUGACAUCAGCAAGAUCGGGGACGAGAACUGCGACCCCGAGUGCAACCACACGCUGACCGGCCACGACGGCGGGGACUGCCGUCACCUGCGCCACCCCGCCUUUGUGAAGAAGCAGCACAACGGAGUGUGCGACAUGGACUGCAAUUACGAACGGUUCAACUUCGACGGCGGAGAGUGCUGUGACCCCGAGAUUACCGAUGUCACCAAGACUUGCUUCGACCCUGACUCUCCGCACAGAGCAUACUUGGAUGUUAAUGAACUGAAGAACAUUCUUAGACUGGAUGGAUCAACACACCUUAAUAUCUUCUUUGCAAACUCCUCGGAGGAGGAAUUGGCAGGAGUAGCAACUUGGCCUUGGGACAAGGAGGCCCUAAUGCAUUUAGGUGGCAUUGUCUUGAACCCAUCUUUCUAUGGCAUUCCCGGGCAUACCCACACAAUGAUCCAUGAGAUCGGGCACAGUCUGGGUCUCUACCACAUCUUCCGAGGCAUCUCAGAGAUCCAGUCUUGCAGUGAUCCCUGCAUGGAGACGGAGCCCUCUUUUGAGACCGGUGACCUCUGCAGUGACACCAACCCAGCUCCAAAACACAAGUUCUGUGGCGAUCCAGGACCAGGGAAUGACACCUGUGGCUUCCAUAGCUUCUUCAACACCCCUUACAACAACUUCAUGAGCUAUGCAGAUGACGACUGUACGGACUCCUUCACACCCAAUCAAGUUGCCAGAAUGCACUGUUACCUGGACCUGGUGUACCAGAGCUGGCAGCCCUCCAGGAAGCCGGCGCCUGUCGCCCUGGCCCCCCAGAUCGUGGGUCACACGACCAACUCUGUGACGCUGGAGUGGUUUCCGCCCAUCGAUGGCCACUUCUUUGAAAGAGAAUUGGGAUCAGCAUGUGACCUUUGCCUGGAAGGGAGAAUCCUGGUGCAGUACGCCAUCAAUGCCUCCUCCCCGAUGCCCUGUGGCCCAUCAGGACACUGGAGUCCUCGGGAAGCAGAAGGUCAUCCAGAUGUUGAACAGCCCUGUAAGUCCAGUGUCCGCACCUGGAGCCCAAAUUCAGCUGUCAACCCACACACAGUCCCUCCAGCCUGCCCUGAGCCACAAGGCUGCUACCUUGAACUGGAAUUCCGCUACCCCUUGGUCCCUAAGUCUUUAACCAUCUGGGUGACCUUUGUCUCCACUGAUUGGGACUCUAGUGGGGCUGUCAAUGACAUCAAACUCUUGACUGUCAGUGGAAAGAACAUCUCCCUGGGGCCUCAGAACGUCUUCUGCGAUGUCCCACUGACCAUCAAACUCCAGGAUGUGGGUGAGGAGGUGUACGGCAUCCAGAUCUACACAUUGGAUGAGCACCUGGAGAUUGAUGCAGUCAUGUUGACCUCCAUAGCAGACAGCCCACUCUGCCUAGAGUGUAAGCCCCUGCAGUACAAGGUGGUCCGGGACCCUCCUCUCCAGGUGGAUGUGGCCUCCCUCCUACACCUCAAUAGAAGAUUCAUGGACACGGAUCUCAGUCUUGGCAGAGUGUACCAGUACUGGGUCAUCACCAUUUCGGGAAGUGAAGAGAGCGAGCCAUCACCUGCUGCCAUAUACACCCACGGAAGUGGCUACUGUGGCGACGGCAUUAUCCAGAAAAGCCAAGGGGAAGAGUGUGAUGACAUGAAUAAGCUCAAUGGGGACGGCUGCUCCCUUUUCUGCCGAAAGGAGGACUCCUUCAAUUGCAUUGAUGAACCCAGCCGGUGCUAUUUCCACGAUGGUGAUGGAGUAUGUGAGGAGUUUGAGCAGAAAACUAGCAUCAAGGACUGUGGGGUCUACACGCCACAGGGCUUCCUCGAUCAGUGGGCGUCCAAUGCUUCAGUAUCACAUCAGGACCAGCAGUGCCCGGGCUGGGUCAUCAUCGGCCAGCCAGCAGCCUCCCAGGUGUGUCGAACCAAGGUGAUAGAUCUCAGUGAAGGCAUUUCCCAGCAUGCCUGGUACCCUUGUACUGUCAGCUACCCAUACUCCCAGAUGGCUCAGACCACCUUCUGGCUGCGGGCAUACUUUUCUCAGCCAAUGGUUGCUGCUGCUGUCAUUGUCCACCUGGUGACUGAUGGGACCUACUAUGGGGACCAGAAGCAGGAGACCAUCAGCGUCCAACUCUUUGAUACCAAAGAUCAGAGCCACGAUCUGGGCCUCCAUGUCCUGAGCUGCAGGAACAAUCCCCUGAUUAUCCGCGUGGUGCAUGACCUCAGCCAGCCCUUCUACCACAGCCAGGCGGUGCGUGUGAGCUUCAGUUCACCCCUGGUCGCCAUCUCGGGGGUGGCCCUCCGCUCCUUCGACAACUUUGACCCCGUCACCCUGAGCAGCUGCCAGAGAGGGGAGGCCUACAGCCCUGCCGAGCAGAGCUGCGUGCACUUUGCAUGUGAGGCCACUGACUGCCCAGAGCUGGUGGUGGAGAAUGCUUCUCUCAACUGUUCCAGCAGCGACCGCUACCACGGCGCCCGGUGCACCGUGAGCUGCCGGACAGGUUACGUGCUCCAGAUACAGCGGGACGACGACAUCAUCAAGAGCCAGAUGGGACCCAGCAUCACGGUCACCUGCACUGAGGGCAAGUGGAACAAGCAGGUGACGUGUGAGCCAGUGGACUGUGGCAUCCCGGACCAGCAUCAUGUCUACGCCGCAUCCUUCUCCUGCCUUAAAGGCACCACCUUUGGCCGCACAUGCUCCUUCCAGUGCCGUCACCCAGCGCAAUUGAAAGGCAACAACAGUCUGCUGACCUGUAUGGAGGAUGGACUUUGGUCCUUCCCAGAGGCCCUGUGUGAGCUCAUGUGCCUAGCUCCACCCCCGGUGCCCAACGCAGACCUCCAGACUGCCCGUUGCCGAGAGAACAAGCACAAGGUGGGAUCUUUCUGCAAGUACAAGUGCAAACCUGGAUACCACGUGCCUGGCUCCUCCCGGAAGUCAAAGAAACGAGCCUUUAAGACUCAGUGUACCCAAGAUGGCAGCUGGCAGGAGGCAGCUUGUGUCCCCGUGACUUGUGACCCACCUCCGCCGAAAUUCCAUGGGCUCUACCAGUGCACAAAUGGCUUCCAGUUCAACAGCGAGUGUAGGAUCAAGUGUGAAGACAGCGAUGCUGCCCAGGGACGCGGGAGCAACAUCAUCCACUGCCGGAAAGACGGCACCUGGAGCGGUUCGUUCCACGUCUGCCAGGAGAUGCAAGGCCAGUGCUCGGCCCCAGACCAGCUCAACAGCAACCUCAAACUGCAGUGCCCGGAUGGCUACAGCAUCGGGUCGGAGUGUGUUGCCUCGUGCCUGGACCACAACAGCGAGUCCAUCAUCCUGCCAGUGAACGUGACUGUUCGUGACAUCCCCCACUGGCUGAACCCCACCCGGGUGGAGAGAGUUGUCUGCACGGCUGGUCUCAAGUGGUAUCCUCACCCUGCUCUGAUUCAUUGUGUCAAAGGCUGUGAGCCCUUCAUGGGAGACAAUUACUGUGAUGCCAUCAACAACCGGGCCUUCUGCAACUACGAUGGUGGGGACUGCUGUGCCUCUACGGUGAAGACCAAAAAGGUCACCCCAUUCCCUAUGUCCUGUGACCUACACGGUGACUGUGCUUGUCGGGACCCCCAGGCUCAGGAACACAUCCGGAAAGAGCUCCGGGGAUACAGCCAUGGCUAAGGAAGGACAAGAGUUGACAAAGAAUUCCCAGCGCCAGGACCCGCAUCCCUUUGGUAUUGAUUUCACAGUCAGCUGCUCAACGGAAUGGCCUCCCCACACCAGGGAUCCUUAGCACCCAACCGGUCUGCCUUUAAUUUCACCCAGGAAGGACUCAUAGUAGGGGCGCAUGAACCAAGUCUCGCCACGUUGAAGGAUGGAAUGGAAUCCCAUCCCAUAGUCUUAGAUGGAUUGCAUAUAUAAGUGUGCAGUCCCAGAGCCUAAAAUUCUAAUCAUUUGUCACACAGCCAUAGCAAGAAACAUGUUACACAGUUAGAA